CGGUUUUUGGUGUGAUUCUUCGCCAUUCAGCGUUAUGAUUUUUGUCCGUUAGCACUUGUACUAAACUCUAAAUGAGUGUGAGUGUGUGUGUGCGUCAGUGUGUGUGUGUGUGUACUAAACGAAAAGUGCAAAAAUUGGCAACGAAAUUACAGAAACUUUAGUUUCAUAGCCAUUCGACGACGUGUGUUAACAGACCGCUUAUCACAGCGCACGAAAAAUUUUAUGCGGUUUCGUUUUUUUUUUGAUAACAUUUUUCUUUAACGACAUUUAACUCUAAAACGUAUACUUACACAUGAGCUAAAUAUGAAAUUAGUGCCUUGGUGUUAAAAAUUUUUAAGGUUUUUAGCACAAAAUCAAAGGAUUACGACAAAAAACGAAGUUUCUUAACGACCACAGAUAUCGUUUUCGCUUAUCGAAAAUAGAAUACAAAGUCUGUACCGAAUGCUGCCGCCAAAUUGCACAGAAGCAAUACAAAAGCAAUACUCAAUACAUUGCGAUAAGGCUGAUGGAAAUGGAAGAAGCUGCCCCCCUCUUUUCCCGAAAUUGCAUUCAUUGAUGAGAAACUAACAAAAAGAAUCCGAAAAUACGGAGAGAAACAAAUCAACGAACCGAUGUGAUACUUGGAACUAAGCAUUGCAACAACGAUAUAAAUAUAAAUUUAGCGUUACGAAUUGAAAUUUUUUUUCAAAAAAGACUUUUGCUAUAGACUUGCCAAAAAACUAAAAAGAGAAAACUAUAUUAAGGAAAAUGGAACAUUUGGACUUGGCAGGUUAUCUAAAUAAUACAGCAGCAACAACAUGGAACAGUUUUGGAGCAUUCGAUCAACAAGAUGCAGCCAUUUAUUUGUCCAGCUCAAGACAAAUGCUGGAACCCAUCCUAGAGGAGACCAGCGAGGAUGAGGAACAUGCCCAAAAUAGUUGGCAUGGCCAACAGGAGAAUUCAAAUGGUCAUAAUGGUGGCUUCUGGAGCUCAACAGAGUCGGAAACGGGUUCGGUAAUACGCAUCGAAGUGACUAAGGAUAUCGAUGCCAUAUCAGAGAGAGAUUUUGUGUGUCCCCCGAAGAGAGCCAGACGUUGUCCAGAUCAGCUGGACCAACAGCAACAACCACAUAGCCUGGACGAUGUGGUACAAUUGAGACGUUGCCGCUAUGAUCCCGAAUCACACAAUAGCCUUGAGAGAUUUCUGGCCCUGGAGGCCAGCGCACGAGAUAGCUACGGCAGUCAGGGACAGAGGAGCAGUGCUGGCAGUCGUCGUGGCUUCGAGGAUUAUUAUUCAGACAAUGAUUCGUAUCAUUCGCUGUCGCGCAGCUCAUCCCUGGUGCAAUUUGAAUCGCUGGAACGACAAUUGACACUGCAGGAACAACAUCAGAGCAUGAAUAGUCUGGGCAAUAGUUCACCAUCCCUGAUCAAUUGUGAUUUAAGUGCUGGAGGCGGUACCAGUGAUACUAGCAAUCCUGAGAGCCGUCGCGGUUCCGCCUCAUCCUUGUCCCUAAUGAAGCGUUACGAGUCCAGUGAUGGUAGACUGCAUCAGACAUAUUUUGAGCUAAACAAACUCAAUUUUGAGGCGGAUCAGCGAGAUCUAUUCUCCAAGAGUCUGCACUUGCAGGCGGAAAUCAAAUCGGAUUCAGAAUCCAGCAGCUCCUCAAGUGACAGUAGCAGUGGUCACAGUUUACUUAGCCAGGGCGGUACAGGAGGCGCUGUGGUGGCUGCCUCGCGGCGUCUGCCUCUCAAUUCGGCGGAGAAUUUGUCUGAGGAUUCUGGCUAUUGUGAGCCAAGUACUUUGCGACGCGAGAAAUCUAAAUCCAUACCAAAGAAUUUCGAUAAACUUUGCGAAGCCGAAGAGGAGGAGGAACUACAACUGGAGGAAUCCAAAAACUCCAAUAAUGGCGGACAUGAUUUGUGUCAGACGAAAAUAGAGAAUAGCAGCGGCAACAGCAUCGCCACAACACCGACCAAGAUGGCAACGGAGAAGUCUUCCGUGCCCUGCUCUCCAACAUCAUCUAUAAAUAGCUCGACGACGUCGGAGAGAGCAAAUGGCUCUCAGCAUUCACCAUCACCAUCUCCCAGUGCUGCCUCAUCAUCGUCUGCCGCCUCGUUCACUUGGCUAGGCAACAGUUUGCCCGAUAUACGCGAACCGCGAGGUUCGCCAUCGUCUCCAUCGUCUACGGAUUACGGCUACGUGCUGGCCACUAAACGAAAUACGGCGAGUAAAAGUGGUCGAAGUUCCUCUCCUUCUGCCUCUUCCUCGUCGGCGGAGAGUUCACCCGUUCUGGGUGCCAUUAGUUUACCCAACGAACUACCCGAUUUGGGUCGACGGCGGAGGCCACGUCAAAGACGCAACUGUCAGAGUCACAGCAGUGGGCAUAGUUCGAGCGAAGAGGCUGAUUUGGAAGAGGAAGAACGACGAGACGAUUUCUUUUUGGACUGCCCCAGUUUAUAUCGUAUACGUAGAAGCAGCAGUUGGACAGAACGUGGCGGACGUGGUGGAGCAGCCAGAGGAUUGGGCUACUUGAACGCCAGUUACCAGAACUUGACUCUAUUGGAUUACUCGGAUCAGGCUACACCGGAUACUGAAAAUAUUGUAAAUAAUUCGAAACGUUCACAAAACUCAACUAUGGCAGAGCAAAAACGUUGUUCUAAGGACGACUACGAGCAAAUUAUAUGCAAGGGUAACUUUUUGUUGGAUGAAUUAAGUCAAAUCUAUGAUAAGAAUGCUUCUAUUCUAAAUGACAAACCAGUUGUGGAAAUGGAGGAGCAAAAGCCUGUUGUAAACCAAAUUGUGGAAGAUCAGGUGGAUUCUGCUCCGAUCAUGGAGCCUCCUCCCCAGGUGCAGCAUGUCCAGUUGACUAUACGGAAGCCACCGGCUCGACAAAAACGUUCUGUAGACGAUCCCAAUCCCCAUCUGUCCACAGAGCCCAGCCAAUCUAAUCCUCAAUUACCACCAGCGGCCGUCAUUAGUUUUAGCAGUUUUGGCAAAACUUUCGAUCAGGAUCCCACAAAUUUGCGCACUUCCUAUGCCCAGAGUCUGGAGAAAUGUAAUUUUGAACCACUAGAAGUGACCAUUAAGUCGCCACCAGUGCGUUCCCUACCAAAACGUCGCUUCCACUCCCAAGCAGCGGCUGCCAAGCAAAAGAAUUUGGUUAGUAGUACACCAAAUCUGUCGUCCUAUGACAAUGCUAAUGCGGAUACAGAGGACGACAUGUUUGUGAGCAGUGCCCACACCUCGAUGCAUCAGUUGCCACAGACGCCCACUCAGCCCAAGCCCUUGGGUAUUCUCCUGCCAGCUGGAUCGAGAAAUUCCUUCAGCAAGGAGGUGAGUUUCUGUCCAGUCGUUAGCAAGUAUUGCUGGCAAGAGCAAUCCUCUGAAGAGCCACAAGAGGAGCAGGCAGACAGUGAUGAAGAGGAUGACGAGGCGGAUGAUGAUGAUGUAUUGGAGCAGACAGAUGCCACUGUUAUACAUAACACCAAAGAGAAUGAAUAUGUUGCCGCACGCUACAAUCAAGAGCAAGAGAAGCAAAGAGAGAAAUUAAGAGAACAGCACCACGAAGAGAGCUCACCAGCGAUCGUCGGCGAAGAGAACAUGGAGCAAAGCGAGAGCGAUGAUAACAACGAGAAUAUACAAGCAGCGACGCUAGCCGAGCGUCAAAACGUAGUGACGCCAGUCGAACCUCCUCAAACCGUACCGUCGAUCGAGCCCGUUUCAAGUAGUGCCGUUAGUCUUGAACCAAGCGCCGUCGCGUACGCUUCUCCAGCCGCCGUAAACGUCGCCUCUGUCGCCUCCAACGUCGCACCACAGCGUCCAUUAAGCCUACAUUUGCCGAUAUUAAGUGAACCGCCCACUAAUCGUGCUCAUCAUAUAUUGUAUGCCUCGCAGCAAUUGCUGCAACGUUACGAGGAUAACGAAUCAAUUGACAUGUCGCCAUCAAGUGCAACAACAACAGCAACCACAACACCAACCACAAUAAUGAAAGAAUCCAAGGUUCAGGCCAAGGGUAAAACCGAUGAUAAACAUCCCAGUUCUAAGAGUUUUCUAUCACGAUUUGCUCAUGGCUUGAGAUUCUCAUUGAGACGCAAAAAGAAGCAACAGCAACAAUUCGAGCCAAAGCCCAUCACAACAGCAACAACGACAACAACUACAACAACAACAAGCAGCAAAUCUGGAUCAAAUAAAUCAUCAAACUCGAAACAAGGAAAUGGCAAAUCAUCUGAUUUCAUACACAUACCCCUUAAACCACCCAGAAGCCACAAUCAAUCCGCAAAUUCUUCUCAAUUGGAUGACAGCAAUGCCUCCGAGGCCAGCACCGCCAGCAUGCACAGCAGCAAGCAACAACAGCAACCACAAUUCAAUCCGGAGCCAGCCAAGACUUCAACCUUACAGAAAGUGGUAACUGGCAAACCGCCGUUGCCAAAACAACCGCCACGCUUAACGCAUGCGCAGAAUCCAAAUGCGAAUCUUAGUCCGAAUCCAUUGAAUGCUGCCCAUAUGAGUGAAGCUUUACUGGCCGCUGAAAGGGAACAGUAUCAGGCAUUUGCCGCACAGUUGCAACAGUUGCAAUCGGACAGGCAAACGUCGAGGAUGCGUGAUACCGAAUCGCCGUCGCGUGCCUCGGUGGCCCAAAAGACGCAAAUGUUCAAUCAGCUGAGUGGUGGCGGUGUUGCCGGCAUGGCCAGACCCACUAUGGUGACAGCCGUACCGGUUGCCGUUUCGCCCGUAAUUGAGAAUGCCGAUGGUGUUGGUAAAAUGGGUUUAAUUGAAACCAAUUUGGAUACACAUGAAACGGUUAUAUCGGGUAAAACACGUUCCCUUAUGGAUAUAACCAGCAAUCCAUUGACAUUGCCCCAUAAACGGUAUAUAGUGAAACGUCUAAAUGUCACCAGUGCCGCCUAUGAUGUUGACAUCGGUGAUGAUGAAGAUGACGUCGAUGAUGAUGAUGAAAAUGUGGAUGGUUCGAAUGGACAUCGUCGUAUUAAAUCCUCAUCGAAAUCGGCAGGUGUUCAAAUUGCAUCGGUCCGCAGGCCACAUAAAAGCAUGGAAUUUCUGUUGGAUAAAGAGAAUCAAAAGAAUGUUUUGCCACCUGAAAAUGAACUACAGAAAUCACAUGACCACAAUCCGGCCGCCCUGAGUGAGCAUCAAUUAAGGGUGCAGGCCUCGCUGCAGCGUCUCAAUAUACCCGACUGGUUCCGAGCAUACAAUCAAACAAAUGCCACACACUCGCCAGAUGGUGCCACCGGGACGGGCAAUAUAUCCACCAGCGGCACCACCGGCGGAUAUAGGCCGGGUAAUUUCACAAGAAAACGCACACAGGAUUCGGGUCGCUGGCAGGGACUCAACUCGAAGACGACUUCGCUCAGUUCGCUGGGUUCACAGCGUUCCGAUCGCAGUCCUCUGCUGUUGAGUCCCUCAGCGCAUAGCCAUCACGGUGGCCAGAGCAACAGUGUGACGGCAGCGUCACAUGGCCACCACCAGCACGGGGCACAUCCACAGGGUGUGGGAGCCACACGAUGGUCGACUUCGCAUCUGAAUUCCACUCAGACAUCGCCGAGCGUAUCGCAGCGUGGCAGCUUUGCUCGUGGUGUACCGAUCAAUAGUAGUUUCAUGUCCGUGGCCAGUGGCAGCAGUGCUGGUGGCGCUCCUGGCGGUGUAUUGAGAAAUUCAUAUCGACAACCAUAUUUGGGCUGGCGUAGCACAGAGAAAUUGUCACAAAGAACGCCACAUGAGCGACUGGCCAAUUCAUUGCUGGCACGACGCACAUCACCCACAACAGCCACGGCGAAUGGAGGAGUGCGUACAACAUUGCAACCCGUGACUCCAGAAAUACAGAGUUCCAUCAAGGAGGUCACCUCGGCCAUUGUACACUAUGUGAACGAUCAGCAGGAGCAGCAAUCCCAGCAACAUCGCAGCCGUUCGGCCAGUCCAAAUUCGAGAAAAUGCUGGCUUGAGAGCAGUUUUGUGGGCAUUCGUCCUUUGGAUUCACCGCAAACACCCGUCAUUGAUAAUAGCCCGCCCGGAACAACACAUCAGCAUCAGCAGGAGCAUCUCCAUUUGGAUGCCACAUCAAAUCUAUCAUCCAUUCAGCAGCCACUACGCAUGAACGGAUUGAGCCGUAUCGGCGGCGGUGGCGUGUAUGUAAAAAUCAUAGCGCCCGAACGCUCCUUGAGCAGCGCCUCGCUAGAAGAUGUCCUAGCCUCGCUUUUAGGAUUGCCAACUACCUCCUCAUCCAGCCAGAACAGCAACAGCAACAACAACAACAACAGAACACAACAACAAGCGGCUGCUGCGACGACAGAUUUAGCUAGUCGUCAACAAUUGGAGGUCCUAACGGCGGCCGAGCAGCAGCGCCUAAGACGUCGCAGCGAGGGUGACGCACCAAAUCAGAAACAGAAACAACAGCAACAACAACAGCAGCAGCAGCAACAAAACCAUACCCAAUCGCAAUCCCAUUCUCACUCAGCUUCAGCUUCAGCACCAAUUAACCAAACAAAUGCCAGCAGCGGGAGCCGGCGCGUCUCGUUGGGUGACUCCCACACGGACAAGACCAACAACAGCUUUAAUGGCGACCAGCAACAGUUGCUGCAGCAGCAGCAGCAACAGCAACAGUUGCUGCAAAUCAAAUGCCGGAACACCAAGUGCGAGCAAAGUGCCACGCCCGCGGAUGCCAAAAAGUUGUACAAGUCAUGCCACAAUUGUACCCAUCUAUAUUGUUCACGUGAAUGUCGGCGAGCCCACUGGGAGAAGCAUCGCAAGGCGUGCCUGCACUCGCGCGCCUCGAAUCUGUGCCGCCAGGUGUUAGCCACCUGCAAGGACGACGUCGACUCGCAGCGUCAUCUGAGUCUGUUGGCACGCAAGGGUAGUCUUUCCCAGGGACGUGGUGUGGUGCGUGUCCUCUUCCGCAGUGCCGAGUCGGCGGAGGGUUUCAUCAAGCAUGGCUUCCAAUGCAUGGGCGAAGCCUCCUAUGUUCGUUGGCCAGAUCUCAUGCCUGCGGAAAUGGGUCUGGAGUUGUAUUCGGAGUUGCUUAAACUCAGCACCGAAUACAAGCCGGAGUCGAAAAUGCUUAUCUAUGUGGCCAUCUGUGUGGUCUCCGAGGCACCGGGCAUGGGUCAGGCUCCGGUGCGUUGGGAACGCCAACUGGUCUCACGUUGUGCCAAGCUCAAACUCUGCAAGACUGUCCUCUUGGAAUUGGAGCAACAGCAGCAGGCCCUGCAGCAGCAACCCCUCUCGGUGGUGGCAGUUCCAGAACGUACAGAGAUCCUUAUACUCACCUUCAAUCCAGGCCUGCGCUCAGUGCCCGGGAAUCGUGAACUAAUCCUAUCAAAUAUAUUAGACAUACUUUCACGUCGUGGCGUACUCCUGAGAAAACACUAUCCCGAGAUCUAUCAACGUCUGCAGACCUACACCGAUGGCCAAACGGAUAAAUUCAAUCCUGUCACGCUACAUCCACGAGACUCCCAAACGGGGCAGAGUUUUGUCUGCAUCAUCAUGCCCGUGCACACGGAUAGCGAGUUCAUCAAGCUGCCAUCGGCCGCAGAUGGCGGUGGCAAUCGUGUUACCACCAUUGAUGUCGGCUCUCCGGCUGCUUUGGCUCAACUGGAUGAUGAUGAGCUGCUCACACGCACCACAAGUUGAUUAAAGGCAGCCAAUGGUAAUGGCCAGAGAAGAUCUUCUGGGGGCACGCCUCCACUCACAAUGCCCUACAGUGAUGCCCUCGGCUGUGGCCUGGAGAGCACACGCAUGUGAAGCCAUCAUCUCGGCAUCUCUCACAUUUGCUAAGUUAGUUCAUAGAUCGCUUCUACUCGUAAACACUUUUGGCAGAGAGACUAAGCUCAAUUCUAUGGAUAACUCUGAAAACUCUACUUAUACUCUCUCUAGGGCACUAUGGAACUUUUAGAACAUUUUGGAAACUUCAAUCAUUUUCAAACACGAGGCUCGAAAACAAAAAGUUUGAUAUCAAAAUGGUCGU